CGCGGGCUACAAUACAAUCACGCCGCCGGGUAUUCGUGACAUGACUAGUCAUCAUCAGAUGCAGAAGUAACGACCACAAACGUUGACGAUGAUGUGUACCGAGUUGUACCAUGAUCUCCAGGUCCAAAUGCACUUUGAACGUGGGAAAGUUGCAAUUAUCUCUUCCGGCGGAUCCUUUGACGUAACUACACACUUUUUGAAUGCUUGUAAUUGGCAACGUCAGGAUGGACCUUUUCUGUGACGCUUUUGACACAAGUCGAUCGACUCGUUCCUCAAUAUCAGCUAUCUGAAACCUGCGUUGGAAUGCUUAGAGAUCAGGAUGACAUGACGUUUCAAACUCAUCCAGGUCCAUGAACAAUGGACACCUCGAGUCUUCGGCACAUGUGACGAUGUCUUAGACAUAGUGAUGCCGGGAACAUGCCUUGACCUCUUUGACCUUCAAGACCUGAGUGGCGCAAAGCUUUGUCCUUUGACCUGAUGUCUUUGACCCCAGUCGCUUUGACCCACUUUUCUUUGUUGACCUCAGACGAUGUAUAAAUACCCACCUGUAUUCUGUCCCAUGGUGCGCAAACACAAUUUUUCCCUUCACCUUGAAAUCGACAACGUCAUAUUAAUCCCUUACUGCUAUGCCUGUUUACCGCCAAUCGAUUGUGCGCGACAGACAACGUUCAGAAUGCCCUGAAUGCCAUUCGCUCCUCCCAAAGGGGAAGAAUCUCAAGAAACACAUCGAGGACCAUUUUGGUGGACCCCCUUCGGUUAACAAUAGCAGGUACCAUAGAUGUAAAGCGCCAAACUGCGUUCACUGGUCUCUCCAACGGUCCAACUUAGAGACCCACUAUAAGACACAUACCCUCCAGAAAGACAAAGUCUGCACCCACUUUUCAAGAGAGGGAGACAAACACCCAUGCGAAUAUGUAACCCACGAUCCCGCUCUGCUCACACGUCACAGGCGAAAUAAGCAUGGUUAUUGCCCAUGCAAAACUGAUUCAUACGAUCCAUGGUGGCAAGGUGUCGGCGAUGCUAAGGUCCGAAUGGGCGGUCGUUUAACAAUAGAUGAUGUCGCAAGGAUCCGGGAACAGGAGCAGGCUACACGGAUGAACAGGCGUCAAGUCAACCCACUCCCGAACACCAGUGGUAUUAUUGUGCCCAAGCGUGAAGAGUUUUCCCCUUCCUUAGACCUAUCCCAUGCCGAUGGUUCUGCUCGUACAAAGCUCUCAGAUGCAGAUUCUGACUCGGACAUAGUUGACAAUGCCCAGCCAACUGAUGAUGCCCCUCCGGAUGGACCCGCCCCGACUCCUCAGCCUAUUCCAGAAACUGCUGAAGAUAUACCGGCCAUUCAGCCUUCACAACGCAUCACUCCUGCUCAGCUUCGUGUAGUCACUUUGCCACGCCACAAUCAGCCGAGCACACCUGCACCCACCGCUUCCUCCUCAAAACUGUCACGUGUAGCUACACAACAUGCUCCCACUACACCCUCUACACAAUACACACCUGCCGCAACGGGCUUGCCAUUCGGGGCCAAAGGACGUGCAUGGAUGAAACAUCUGAGUCGGGAACGUAACAUUGCUAGAGCCAUCAGAGAGGGGUGCCCUGCGAGACAGCAACCGAAUGCCAGUAGCAGCCAACCACUGCAACCGUCGGGUUCCCCCAGCGAUCAUUCUGCAAAUCCUGAGUAGGCGCAAUUCAUGGACUACGCAUUGAGAUAUCUCUGUCUUCUUAUGCCCUUUCCUUUAUUCCAAAGAUUCCCCUCGUUUCUUCCACUGCCCAACUGUGAGUUCUCGCUGUCGAUUCAAACAUUCUUACAUAAUGAAUAUAUUGUUGCUCCUCUUAUGUUCGCUGACUACAAUGCUGUAUAUGUCAUCUCGUCCGUAUAUGCCCAUAAAUUUUCUACCCAAUAAAAUGAUAUAGCACGAUUCUCAGAGCACAGGUUAUCUACAGUCCUCACCAUAGUUCAAGAAUCAAAUAAUCUACCUCAACACCA